UCCCUACGAAGAGCGCUACACAGACAGUUCACUAGGAUUUGAGAUACAGCUGGAGUCUCUCUCUCAAUCUCAGACAGCGCACUGGUCCACCUGGAUGCCUUGACUGUCGUCUCUUUCCAUUUUAUUCGUAUCGCAGUGCCAGAAACGACACUUUCACAAUGGCUGGAGCAAUUAUUGAGAACAUGAGCACCAAAAAGUUGGUGAUCGUGGGUGUAAUUCUUCUUUUAUUCCAGGCGUUUUCCUUUAUGGUCGGUGGACUGAUUGCUCCAAGCCCCACCACAGCCAUCCACUACCUGGCCACAAAAUGUGUGGAUGCCGUGAAGACCCACCAUCAGGGCUCCAAGUGGUUCAUGCCUUGGGGCCCCGACGAGUGCAGCAAGCUCAGAGAUUUUGAUGAGGCCAUGGCCAAGAGAAUUGAGGCCAAUAACAUUGUGUUUGCAGUCCACAUUCCUUUACCCAACCGAGAGAUGAGUCCCUGGUUCCAGUUCAUGCUGGUUAUCCUCCAGUUUGACAUUGCCUUCAGAAUACAAAACCAGAUUGAGGAUGGCGCUUUGGUCACCGUGGACGUUGGCUUGGCAUACAGAGAUGACACACUGAGUGAGUGGAUCGAGAUGGCCCAUUCCAUAGAGCAUCGCAAACUGAGCUGCAAUUUCACCACAACAAAGACAUUAGAAAAUGAGGGGCGCUACUAUGAUUGUGACCUGUUGCCCUUUAUGGAGGUUGGCAGUGUGGCCCAUAAGUACUAUCUUCUCAACAUCAGACUACCUGUCAACGAACGCAAAAAAGUCAACAUCGGGAUUGGAGAAAUCAAAGACAUCAGACUUGUGAGCAUUCAUCAAAAUGGUGGCUUCACAAAGGUUUGGUUUGCCAUGAAGACGUUCCUCACUCCCAGCAUCCUCAUCAUCAUGAUCUGGUACUGGAAGAGAAUCACCCAAAUGACCAGACCACCAGUCCUGCUGGAGAAGAUUAUCUUUGCUCUAGGAAUCUCUAUGACCUUCAUCAAUAUUCCAGUGGAAUGGUUCUCAGUAGGGUUUGACUGGACUUGGAUGCUUUUGUUUGGUGAUAUCCGUCAGGGCAUUUUCUACGCCAUGCUGCUUUCCUUUUGGAUCGUCUUCUGUGGUGAACACCUCAUGGACCAGACGGAGAGAAACCGUUUCUCUGUGUACUGGAAACAGGUUGGACCCAUUGUGUUUGGCUCCUUCUGCCUCUUCAUCUUUGAUAUGAGUGAGAGAGGAGUGCAGCUGAAGAAUCCUUUCUACAGUAUCUGGGCAUCAGAUGUUGGCACAGAGCUGGCCAUGGCCUUCAUCGUUGUAGCAGGAAUCUGUGCAUGUCUCUACUUCCUGUUCCUGUGCUUUAUGGUUUUCCAAGUGUUCAGAAAUGUCAGUGGGAAAAGGUUGUCUUUACCUGCUAUGACAAAGGCUCGUCGGCUGCACUAUGAGGGCCUGAUCUUCCGCUUUAAAUUCCUGAUGUUGGUCACGUUGGCAUGUGCUGCCAUGACUGUAAUUUUCUUUAUUAUAAGUCAGGUGAAUGAGGGACACUGGCACUGGGGUGGGUACACGGUUCAAGUGAACAGUGCCUUCUUCACUGGCAUUUAUGGCAUGUGGAACCUGUAUGUGUUUGCCCUCUUGUUCCUCUAUGCACCGUCUCACAAACGCUAUGGGGACGAGCAAUCAAGCAGUGAUCAAGGUGGAAACAGUGGUGAGGACAUACAGCUGACUACCACCAUCACACAUGUGGACGGACCUACAGAGAUCUACAAAAUGACCGGCAAAGAAGCUCAAGAGUAACCGUCCCCUCAGCCAACAAGAGUACAAAAAGAGCUAGACUUUCUAAACACCUGAGUCUCAAAAGUUCAAACAAUAAAUUUUGGUGCCCUGUGUGGUCCCCCUCAUUUCAAACAUGACCUCACAAAUGUUAAACCCCCUUUUACAGUUUGAUUAGUGAUGUAACUUGUUAAACAAUUUUUUUAUUCCACUAAAGUUCAGUGUAGGAGCAGCUGCUUGUGCAAAGCUGUAGAAAAAAUCUUUUUUUUUCACACCAUCUUGUGGGUGCAGGGAGAAAUUGUGAAGUUUACCUUGCAAUAUGGAUUGGCGCAGACACUGGUGUUUCCAAGGACCAAUACAAAGUACUUCUAAAAACAGGGAGGAAAGGGAAAAAAGGUCCAUUUUUUUAAUGAUGCAGCAAUAAGUAAUAAUUUUCUGUUUGUGUGUUUUUUAGCUUUUCCCUUCCUUUAUUGAGGGUAUUUUGUAAUACAAUUACCAAACAGGAAGAGGAAAGGCGUUGUCAACAUACCGUAUUGGUAUUUAUGUUUGUGUCAGUUGAUCCUUACUCAACGGACUUCCUUAAACACUCCUUACCAAAUGUAAACACACCCAAGGAACCUGUAACACAAUUGCCUGAGUUCAAAGGUCUCUCUGAACAAGGGGCGAGAUAACUCAAGUGACGUAUACAUUCGGAUCCUUAUGGCCUACAUUCAUUAUGUUACAAUGUAUAGGUAUAUUUUUUAUAAAGUGCUUAUUUUCAUCUGUAUAAAUGCAUUAGCAAUUGGACUGUAUCACUGUGUUGUAUAUCUUUUUGAGUUUUCAAAUCUGUACAAUAGUAUCACUUGUGGAAAUCUAGAUUUUCUUGUUGUUUUUUUUCAUGCUUUUUAUGCUAAUUUAAAAUAAUAAAAAUAAAGAACUUUGAUCUGU